AUGCCAUCAUGUACAUUGUUGUUCACGAUAUACAACGCUAACGGUGUAAAUCUUGGUGCUUGGCUCGCAAAGGAGCGUACUCACGACCCUAUCUGGUGGGUUGAGGUAGGAGAGGCAAACGCCUUAGACGAGUGGACCCUGUGCGAAACUCUAGGCCGCUGGUGUGGGCCUGUCUUGAACAGUCGUUAUGGCAGCUUUCUGAACUUUACCACCAUCGAUGUCCUCGCUAGCGUUGGCGUCAAUACGCUACGAAUUCCUACGACAUACGCCGCUUGGAUCAAGGUCCCCGGUUCCCAGUUUUACUCGGGCUACCAGGUCCAGUUCCUGGACCGCAUUGUCACCUACGCUGUGCAGCGCUACAACAUGCACAUCAUUCUUGGUCUCCAUAGCCUCCCUGGCGGUUAUUCGCCCCUUGGUCUUGACAAAUUCACCAUCUCUCCUCCCAACGAGGCCUCCGACACUAAUCUCGUCAGCUUUGGCUCGCCCGCCGGCUUGACUGACAAAGGGGCUGCCUGGGUCAACAGCCUCGAACAGUACUUGAACGGUGUGCUGGACGGCAUCAAGCAAGUCGAUCCGCGCAUUCCUAUGAUGCUCCAGGACAACUUCAAAGGCGCUGAGUUUUGGGCCUCCUUCUAUAACGAGACUGAGAACAUUGUCAUCGACUCACACGUGUACUACUUUGCCUCCGGUGAGCAAACGUAUGCAAACUUCAUCAAUCCCGCAGUUUGCGGUCAGGCUCAGGCCAUUGCGCAGCAGACGAAGUUCCCAAACUAUAUCGGCGAGUGGUCGCUGCAAACUGAGUUUAAUAACACCUUCGCUGGACGCGAAAGUGUCUUCAAUGCCGAGAGAUAUGCAUUCAACGAGUACAAUAGUGGCAGCGCCUUCUGGACAGCUGUCUCAUACAGCACAACCCCAGUCGCGGGCCAGGGAACCCAAAGGAAGUACUGGAGCUAUGUUGAUUUGAUCAAUCAGGGCGUUAUCAAGCCGGUGGUGUCUGGGCAGUCUUACUGUUGA